AAAUGUGUAGGGUAAUGCCCACGCCUGAGGCAAUGUCCUACGUAAGCGAUAACAAGCGAGCUGCAUAAGCUGCACGGGCGGUCAUACGAAGCGAGGGAAUCGUUUGUUUUGUACUGCACGGCCAGCACAGCCAUUCGCGCGAAAAUAUCAGAAUGUUUGAUCUCGUCAACUGCUUGGACUUCCGCCGUCAGGGGUGACCGCUUCGCCGGUACCAAGGACAGCGCCACACAAACAGCUACUUUGAUAUUUCCGCGUCGCCCACUCCAUCCUCACCGCUCGCAUUUAAUUGCUUACGUAGGACGAUGGGUCAGGGUCUGUUCUGAGCCAUUUCUCCCAUGCCCUGUUAGUUGUUUCCAUCUAAAUUAAGCCACCAUAAUGAUAUUUGGGGUACCACACACUCAAACGUGGUAUUGUACAAUGGGAAUGGAGAGAAAUUAGUACAAGUUGCUGGACCUCACACAAAUCACUGGGUGCUGGGCAUGGAAGAAUGUCAGAAGAGAAUUAACAAGAUGGUUGAACAGGCCAAGUAUGAAGCAAAUGUGCCACUACAAAAACCGCUUAAUGCACUGGUCAGUGGUGCAACAGUCUGACACGUUGAUUUGUUGUCUUUCAUGCUUGUUAACAGAGGGCAUGAGCCUGAGUGGCUGUGAACAAGAAGAAACUAAUGAACAGUUGAAAGAAGAAUUACAGAAAAACUUCCCCAACUUAAGCAGCAAUUAUGUGGUCUGCAGCGACACUGUUGGUUCCAUAGCAGCUGCUCUAGAAAAUGGUGGAAUUGUGUUGAUUGCUGGAACUGGCUCUAAUUGUUUGUUGCACAACCCAGAUGGCUCUGUUCACAGAUGUGGAGGAUGGGGCCACAUUAUGGGAGAUGAAGGUGCUGCUUGGUGGAUCUCACACAAAGCAAUAAAGGUAUGUUUUGAUGAGCAGGACAACUUUGCACAACCACCACAUCCAACAAAAGUCGUCUGGAAAGUGAUUCUGGAGCAUUAUGAUAUAAAGAAUAGAUUUGACCUACUAGACCACUGCUAUAGCAGAUUUGACAAGAGUCACUUUGCUGGCCUGUGUAAACUUUUGGCUAAGGCAGCAAUUCAGGGAGACAAGCUUUCCCAAUGGCUGUUUAGUGAGGCGGGUCGUUUGCUAGCUCGCCAUGUAACAGCAGUUCUUCCUCAAGUAGACAGUAAAUUGCUGAGUGAAGCAAGAGGACUUCCAGUAGUGUGUGUGGGUUCCGUAUGGCUUAGCUGGGAAUACCUGAAACCAGGAUUUAUUGCACAGUUAAAGGAGACUGCACCAAAGCUACAGAAACUAUCCCUUCUGCGUUUAACAACCAGCAUGGCAACAGGUGCAGUGUACCUUGCUGCCAAGGAUAUAAAUGUUGACUUGCCGAGGAAUUACACAGACAACUAUAAGAUAUUCUUUACAUAUGAUCAUGAUCAGACUUAAAAUUUGUUGGUAAAUGGACAGUUAAUACUGCCUAACAAGUAUGAAUUGGUAUGUAGUUACCAAAUAUUUUUAUUGAACAAAAUGUGUAAAGAACCUCUGCCACCUACUUUUGGAUAUGGCUUAUGGUUUGAGUUGCUAUUAAUUCAGUUUAUUGUUAAUCCACAUAUUGUAGCACAUCUGAAACCAAAUAUGGAGUUACAGUAAAAUGAUAUGAAUGAAUUGUGUCUGGACUUUAGAACUAUUACUCAUAAUUUAUUGCCUCUAUUUUUGAGACAAGUCCUCAUUUUGUUUUCCAUUAAAUAGAAUUUCUUCUUA